AGACAAAGAUUACGAUAAUGUACUGGUUCGAUAGUUGGUGCAUUGAGUCGAUACUCGUCCGCCAUGGAGACACGACACUUGCUUGUCCUGAGCGCUGUGCUGGGCCUGGUGGCAGCAGGGAAACAUGAUAUAUAUGCCAGGAAUUCAGUCCACGGAGUCCAGCUCCGUAACAAAGCGGACCAAGAGUACAUUCACCAGUUGGAAGUACAAAUGGAUCUGGACAUCUGGCAGGAGGGGGUAGCAGGACGCAGGGAUGCUCAGGUCAUGGUGACUCCUGACAAGAAGACUGCCUUCCUAAAGGCUUUGGACGAUAAGGGAAUACAACACUAUGUGCAUUUGGAGGACGUGGCAAAGGCCUUCACCGACUAUGACGAUCAAGUAGAAAUGUGGAGGUCCAUGAGGAAAUUAAGAAUGAUCUUCCAAGACUAUCCGCGAUAUGCUGAUGUUGACGCGUAUUUAGAGGGAGUAGCUUCGCAGCAUCCCAAUAUUGCGAAACUAGUGACUGCUGGAAAAAGUUUUGAAGGUCGUGACAUCAAAUACUUGAAGAUCUCGACAACCAACUUCGAGGACGCCAGCAAACCAGUAUACAUUCUGACGACGAUGAUCCACGCGCGCGAGUGGGUGACCACGCCCGUGGCGCUGUACUCCAUCUACCGGCUGGUGGAGAAUCUGCGCAGCCAGGACCAAGACCUGCUGCGAGACAUCGACUGGAUCAUCAUGCCGCUCGUCAACCCUGACGGAUAUGAGUACACUCAUACGCAUGAACGACUCUGGCGUAAAACAAGAACAAAGAACGUCACCAACCACGAGACCUGCGUCGGAGUCGACGGCAACAGGAACUUCGACAUGAACUUCGCUUCCUUAGGGGUCAGCAACGACCCCUGCCACCUGACCUAUCCCGGCCCCUUCCCCUUCUCCGAGGCAGAGACCCGCUACAUUCGGGACAUCUUCCACGAGUACCUCGGCAGGAUCCAGUUGUUCAUGGACGUUCAUAGCUUUGGGAACUACGUGACCUUCGGUUAUGGAGACGAGACUCUGCCUCAGAAUGCUCCUCAAGUGCUGCAGGUGGCUGCGGCCAUGGGUGCUGUGAUUGACACGAGGAAGCUGCCUGAAGCUGACUUCUAUCUCAUCGGGAAUAGUGCUACUCUGAUGUAUGUGACUUCGGGAUGUGCACAGGAUUAUGGAACGUCCAUAGGCAUUCCGUUCUCCUACACGCUGGAACUGCCAUCCUACGGGUACGACUUCAGGGUGCCUCCGCAGUACGUGGAUCAGAUCAACGAGGAGACCUGGCAUGGCAUUGCCAUCAGUGCGCGUCUCGCCAGGGUCUACUAUACCGCCAGGAGGAACGCACAGAAUAACUCUUAAGAUUUAUGUAGUAGUGAAUUUAUUUUUCUGAAUUAUAUUUCGCUUUUUUUGUAUAUUUACUGAU